AUGUUGAAGAGCACGCUAGUGCUGCUCAUAGUGAUUCUUUCGAUAGCGGGGCGGGUAUGGGCGGACGCAGGGGAUGCGAGCCGACAGCGACAGGCGCAGACAACGCCUUCGGUGCGGUCCGGGUUCUCCCGGCUGCGCACAUACGUGGACGUGGACGCCCUCAAAGGGGACCCGAAGACGUGCUAUGCGACCUCGGACGUCGUGCGCAUGGGCGACCCGGACGCGUGCGGGUACGGGUGCCAGUUCGCGUCGACCAUCAUCGGGUCGUCGUCGGCGUCCGCGUUCGGCACGGCGCCGCUGCUAGGCGCUCCGGACAAGUGGCCGCUGCCGAAUGAGGACAAGCUGGGCCGGAUCUGGAUGCCGUCCACGCAGAACGCGGGCACCGAGUUCAUCGAGUUCUCCGUGAACGCCCCGGUCUACGUCACGGGCUUCUGGGUGUACGAGGCGUGCGCAGCGGGCGCGAUCGUGCUCAUCGAGGGGCGCGGCGCGGACGGCGUGUGGACGCGGCUGUGGAACGGCACGGCGAGCCCCGUGCCGGGCACGGUGCUCCAGGGCGACACGUGGUCGUGCGUCGCGCGGCUGUUCAAGCCGGACGUCCAACCGCCGCGCCAGAAGCUCCUGCAGGACUUCCGCAUCACCCUGAACACCGCGCAGGUGACGGGUCCGAACCAGCUGGACGCGGUCCAGGUCUUCGGUGACGACUCCGACGGCCGCCCCGUCGACGACACGUCGCUCGACACGUGCGCGGCGGCGAACGUCGGCGCCUGCUGGCUGCGCUGCACCAACGCCGUCGACGUGGCCUUCACCGCCCGCGUGGACGCGGCGCUCGCGCUCCUCCAGGACGUGGCCGUCUUUUUCGCGCGCGCCCUCACGAUCGCGAACCCCACUGCGCCCGUCAAGGUCCCGCGCGACACGGACGGCCUCGUCAAGUGCGGCGACGUCGACAUCCCGGCGUACCUCGCCGACACGGGCCUGCAGGCGACGAGCCUCGUCGUCGUGCCCACGCUCCGCCCCGACACGCAGGUCCUGCGCGUGUCCGCGUGCCACACGGACGCCGGCACGCAGCGCCCGUUCGUGCUCCGCGUCAACAUGGUCCCGCAGUACGUCGACCCCUACACCGGCACGGACGAGCGGCUGCGGCGGCUCGCGAUGGACGCGCUGCUGCACGAGCUGUACAGGGCCAUGGGGUGGUCCUCGCAGACGCUCGCGGCCGUCCGCGGCACUGCGUCCGUGACCGAGGCCGCGACCGUGUCCUUCUUCGGACAAAACCCGACGACGUGGAACCAGAGAUACACGAUCACGACGAACGCGCAGGCGAUCCUGGGCAAGGCGCGGGAGCACUUCGGCGCGGCCAGCCUGCAGUCGGUGGAGUUUGAGAACGACAACGCUGUCGGGUUCGGGGGCACGGCAGUCACCGGGCGCAUGCUCGAGCACCGGAUCUUCCUCGGCGAGCUCAUGACGACGCCCGUGUGGACGACCUCGGCCACCUACGCCAGCGCCUCCGCGGGGUGGACGUUCCCGUCAGCCCGCACGGCGCGCCCGCUGCACCGCUCGGCCAUCUCCCUGGCCCUCUUCGAGGACCUCGGGUUCUACGUCCCCGACUACGCCGCCGCGGAGCCCCUCUCGUGGGGCUUCCAGCGCGGCGAGACCUUCCCCACGGAGGAGUGCUUCCGGUGGGUGACGCCCAACGCUCCGUCGUCCGGCGCCUCGGACGCCUCGGCGUACGGCGUCCAGGAGAUGCUGACGUGCCCGCCGACCGCGGCCCGCACCGCGUUCGACCCCGCGGGCCGCGGGGACGAGCUGUGUUCGCACGACCGCACCUUCAAGUGGCAGUGCCAGUACGCCGACUACGGCACCCCGCUCCUGAGCCAGUACUCGUACUUCGACUCGGCCAUCUCCGGCGGGUUCUGGCAGCGCGCCGACUUCUGCCCGCUCGUCGCCCCGUCCUACGCGCACCUCCCCACUGGCGCGCCCUCGGGCUCGCCCAACCCGGCCGACACUACGGGCCGCGACUGCACGGACGGCGCGUUCCUGCCCGCGGGCUCCACGGGCGAGGAGUACGGCACCAGCAGCCGCUGCUUCACGACGGUCGUCGGCACGGACGCCGCGGAGACCACGUACGCGAACCGGUGCUUCAAGACGACGUGCAUCGGCAGCGCGCUGCUCGUCAAGCUGGGGGCGUCGUGGCAGCGGUGCCCCGACACGGGCGGCAGGCUCUUCUCCACGGGGCUGGGCGUGACCACGUUCUGCCCGCCCGCCACGCAGCUGUGCGCCGGCGCCCAGGCGGGGAACCCGAAGCCCGACGUGCGCGUGUACACGGACGUCAGCCUGAUCCUGCGGCCGUACGUCCGCGUGGACGUGGAGGUGACGAACUUCGCCAUCGGGGAGGCGGGCCGACGGCUGCGCGUGACCCUCGGGGGCGUCGAGGUCGGCAGCUUCGCGCAGACCAUCACCACGCCGGUCAUCAGCCUGUUCUUGCAGGACCUCCCCGAGGCGGCUGCGGGCACGACGAUGUCGUUCGAGCUGGUCGACGCCCUCCAGCUCGUCCACGCCACCGACCAGCGCACCGUCCGCGUCCAGCACGAGGGCCUGACUCAGUUUGCGGCCUCCACCACCGCCAGCUCCCAGUACACCUCCGCGGCCGACCUCGUCACCCUCGGCGUCCUCACGGGCCUCUCGUGCCCCGCGUCCGGCGCCGUCGGCUCCCAGGCGAUCACCUCGUACGGCGUCGACCAGCCCGUCGGACUUGUGUCGCGCGCGUGGUCGCCCCUGACCGGCGGCGCAGGCAUCCGCGCGACCCCGGGCGUCGAGUUCCUCGAAGUCACCGUGCCCGUCGCGGUGAUCGCGACCGACGUCGCGCUGUUCGAGGCCUUCUCGCCCGGGACGCUCAGCCGCGUGCUGGCGUGGAACGCUACGGCGCAGAGCUGGGCGGUGGUGUACAGGGCCGAGCGGUUCACGCAGCGGCAGCUGCGGACGAGGAACGCGCUGCGCGCGGGCAACACGAUCGGCGCGGCCGCGACGAACGUGUACCGAACGCGGCCCGUGGACGUUUUCUCGGACCGCUUCCGGCUGGAGUUUGCCACGCCGUCGUGGGUGCACCUGGACGCCGUGCAGAUCACGGGUAACUCGGCGAUGCUGGCCAACACGCCGGCGCACGUCCCGGGCCCCACGAACACCGUCGAGGUCGCCCUGGGCAGCACGGGCGCGCAGGUCGUGCCGCUGACCUUCACCAAGGCCAACAACGCCACCCUCGCGUGGGAGCUCGUGGUCACGUCCGGCGCCACGUGGCUCUCCGUGCCCUCUACCAGCCAGCGCGGCUUCGCCGUCGGAACGGCUCCCAUCGAGGUGACGGUCUUGGUCAACGCGACGGCCGCGGGCAGCGCGCGCGAGUUCCUCCUGCGCGGCGCGGUCACGCUCCGCAACCGCCUCGUCGGGAGCGCCGCCCUGGGGGUCGCCAACGUGAACCUCCUGCGCAACACACUGUCCGGGUUCGACAUCCACACGCCGCCGUGCGUGCACGGCAUGGUCGUGCCCAGCGACACCGCCGACAGUAGCGGGACCUGCCGGUGCUUCCCGGGGGCGUACGGGAGCACCUGCGAGUUCCUGGAGUGCCCCCGGGGGUGUUCCAGCAACGCAAACGAGAACCGGGGGGUGUGCGACAGGUACACGGGCAAGUGCGCGUGCCAGGCGGGCUUCUACGGCGUCGAUUGCAGCGGCGUCAGCGGCGGGUGCACGUUCUCCUUCGACGGCACGUGCGGCCCCAGCUUCAGCGCCGGGCGCUACGUCAUCAACGGCGAGGACUCCCAGAACCUCAACCGCGGGGACGGCGUGCUCCCGCGCUCCAUGCAGUGUGGGGGGGGUGACAACUUCUUUGGCUGCGACACCCUCGUACGCAUGGAGCUCUGCUGCCGCGCCUCCACGAACGCCGUGUGUCCUUUCCGCGCCAACUCGGCCCCGUGCGCGUCGCCGUCGUGCCCCUUCACGGGCGCCCCCACCGCCGCCCCCGCCACCCAGGGAUCCGCCACGGCGGCGCCAGGCUCCGGUGCGGCGACCGCGGCGCCGAACACCACGGCGCCUGCCGCACCGACGCCCACGGUCGCUGCCGGCAACGGCAGCCGGCGCUUCGCGAGUGAGGAGGAGGUGGCUGUUGCGGCCGCGAGGGUGAGCGAGCGGCGCGCGCAGGGCAACGCGACGACGGCAGCGCCCGGCACGACGACGGCGGCGCCCGGUACGACGACGGCGGCGCCUGGCACGACGACGGCGGCGCCGGGCACGACUGCGGCGGGCGCUGCCGCCACCCAGGCCCCACCGACCAAUGCGCCUGGGACGACGCCACCGGCGUCGGCAACGCGGGACCUCACCGCUGGCAUCGCAGCGUCGUCGGCAUGCCUGACAGUGGUCAACAACUACUGUUUCUACCAGCCAGACGACCCCGCGUGCCACUGGUUCCGCCCACACAACAUCCCCUCGGACUUCCCUUGCCCCGCGGCCGUCAUCGCCAAGUUCUGCGCGAUGCACCCGUUCGACGCCGACUGCGCGACGUACGUGGAGCAGAAGGUCUGCCGGUUCGGAGCCAGCGGGCCCUGCGAGAGCGCUGCAUGCCGCGCCGACCUCCUGUCUUCCGCGUGCCGCGCGGAGAUGCGCACGUACUGCACGGCGAACCCUACUGACAGGGAGUGCAUCGUCCAGGGACUCGCGCCGCGCGGGUGCCUCUUCGCGGCCGGCAGCGCGCCGUGCGUGGACUCCGACUGCCUCACGAACGGCUGGGAGCGCGACGUGUCGUGCAACGCCACGAUCGCCACCUACUGCGCCACCUCCGCGGGCGCGGCGGACCCCGAGUGCAUCGUGCGCGGCUACGUCGCCGCGGAGAACCUGGUGAUCGACUCGAAUGCGUGCCCGCUGACGACGGUGCAGCGCGCAUGCGACGAGUUCGGGGCCGCGGACGAGUUCUGCGUCCUCCUGCGCAUGUACGGCGUGACGACGCGGUCGGAGCUCGCGCCGUUCGACGCAGCGCCGACCAUCCUGGCCCGGCUCGACGGCCGCAUCGCCCAGGACUCGAGCCGGCUGGCCGUCACGCAGCGCGAGGUGGAAAUCGGCCGGCGCGAGUUCGUGGCCCGCCACGCGCUCUACUCCGAGUUCUUUGCGUACGCCGACGCGGACGCCAACGGGCGCCUCGCGCUCGACGAGGUGCCGGCCGUGUCGCGCUUCGCCAGCGCGUUGCGCUCCGGGUCCGGGAGGGGGUUCCCGGCGGCGCUGGCGCUGCUGUCGGCGCUGACGGACGCGGAGAUCGCCGCGGCGGUGGCGCCGACGACGACCGCGGGUGGCGACGGAGCGUUCGUGACGCGCAGCGAGCUGUUCACGCGGCUCGAGGCGGCGUACCAGCUCAAGGUCCUGCCUUGA